AUCCCGCCGACCUCGAACAAGGUCGAGCGGUUUCUCAGCGUGGCGCGUACCACGUUUGCUCAAGAACGCAACAGUCCCCAGCCCGCUACGCUGGAAACAACUUUGUUUCUGCGCGAGAAUGCUGACUUCUGGGACGUUUCGACAGUCGAUCGCGUCAAUUAG